GUUAUGUCAGUUACGUUGUUACCGGUGCUCAUAGGGGUGCUACGGGAAAUGCAGCUCUAAAAGAGACAAUAAUUUAGCAGAAGUGUACCGUAAAAUCCUUGACAGACAGAAGUCAGAACGUAUUUAACAUCAUCAUAUACUGCCACGGAUGUCGCACGCUACUUGAAAAUUUAUAAUAACAGAGGGAGACACUCGGUGGAUAAAUCUGAGGAAAAAGUCUUGAGACAAUCGACAAGGGACAGCGUGAUGGUGAUGCUUUUGAAGGAUUUUCUGUUAUCCUAAAACAGAAAUGUAAAAUAGAAACUCUUUUCGAAGUUCGGGAUAAAGUAAAGAUGCUGAACUCAAGCGGUUACGGAUGGAGUAGCCAUGUCUCAUGGCUAUUUUUUGCUCUGAGCUUUCUACUUUUCAGCCCGUUCUGUUCCUCCGAUUCCAAUCAAUGUGCUCCUGGACUCAACACAGCAGGAAGAACAUGGCCACAAGGAGACAUCGUCUUGGAGUAUGGACAGUCUCUCAAGAUAUAUUGCAUCCUUAACGAAAUUCUUACCGACCCAAAGUACCAUGGUAAAAAUGCUUCCGAUUUGGCAUUGUUCAGAAAUGACAAAGAAAUGGAGCCAGAAUAUAUCAAAGUUGUUAACAAAACCACAAUAAUGAUGUACGUCGACAAGCCUGCAGCCUCUAAGGCAAUGUACUAUUGCAAACUCAAAUUUACAAAUGGCAAUAAUAAGUCGUACGAACCUGUUUGUCUCAACAAGGUUGUCGUUGGAUAUAAGCCACAGAAGCCAUCCAAUUUUAGUUGUAUAUCGCGAAACUGGGAAAAUCUCACAUGUUCGUGGACACCGGUGCCAAACGACAUUGCAACACGUUUUUUUCUACGCUACUGGAUACCGAGACAAGAUCCUAGUACCUAUUCUUGUCCCGUACCUAAACAAGAGCAUAAGCUACCGCCGAAUACCUGCAUGUGGGAAGCAUCCACGGAUCCACCGUAUAGAAAUGUUCAUAAGAAUUAUACGUUCAUAUUGCGUGCCGAAAACGUAUUGGGUAAUAACAGUUUCACAUAUCACAUUCGUCAUUUUGCUCAUGUGAUUCCGGCAAAGCCGGUCAACUUGUCGGUCGUUGACAAGACGUAUUCAAGUGCCAUGCUCCACUGGAGUGUUCCGUUUGCGAUGCGUGGUUUUCCGCCGGGACUUGUUCAUAGGAUUCAAUAUCAGAAUCAGUGGGAUGACGAGCGAAUUUGGGAGACAAUGAAUAUAACGGAUAACGCUCAUGCCAACGAGAAAUACUACAAUCUUACCGGUUUGAAGUAUGCGAAUGCAGUUUACGAUGUUAGGGUGUCUAUCAAGAGUUUUGAGGCCAUUGAAGAAGACAAGUGGGGUCAGUACAGUGGAGUCACCUUCAAAACAGCGCCUACGCUUCCAGGCCAACCCCCCAAGACCGAUGUCGGCAGUUUCGAGAUUGCCGGUAACAGCGGUAACAGAGACGUGUACAUAUACUGGCAGACAAUUCCGGCAUGGUUGGAAAACGGAGACAAUUUCACGUAUCAAGUUGUUCACGUUGAAGAAAACGGCCGCAGCGUCGAUCUCCAACCACACGAGACAACUAAAACUUACGCCAAGUUCAAAGCCAUCAGUUUUAAUAGCUUCAGGUUCGAAAUCGUCACUACUAACUGCAGAGGGGCUAAUCGACAAAAAGCGGUCGUACACGUCCCGAGUCAAUUUGAAAUGCCUCGUGAGCCGGUUGCUUUCACUAAAAUCGCUUUCGAUGGUGGACUAUACGAGCUGUCCUGGAAUCUGCCCAGUGGUAAUUCGAAUGUAAACAUAACAAAUUAUACGAUAUUUUGGUGCGAGAACGAUCGCGAUAGACCUUAUCAAUGUUCGGGAUACCUUGAUUGGAUACAUGUUUCUCGAAACACGAGUAUAUACAACACGACAGUGCCCGACCCAAAGAAAGUGUACCAAUUUGCGAUAGCCGCGAAUACUGAGAGAGCUAGUAGCGGUAUGGUUUGGGCGUCGUGCACAGCGAUUCACAAUAAAGUAGUCGGAAAAAUGAAAUCUGUCUGGAUAAACCACAUAGACUCGAAGCAAAUUGAGGUAGGUUGGAAGUUGGAAUGUUCCGACCGCAUCGACAUUGUACAGGGUUUCAAUAUUUACUACUGCCCGAUCGCAUCUCCGUACAAUUCGAGUUGCAAGGAUCCAAAAAUGAAUACGACAGUAAAAGCUGAUCCUCACACUAUUCAUGGAAUUGUGCAAGGUCUUAAACCCUACACCACUUACAUGCUCACCGUUGCUGUAUUGACAAAAAAUGGAGAAGGGCAACAUAGCGAUCCUCUUUACAAUACUACACUCGAGGCAGCACCCACUCCUCCUCGAGAUGUUUUAGUAAGAAAUGUGACCAACACAACGAUGACGGUCCAGUGGCAGGAACCAUCUGCCAAGAAUGGCGUGCUGAGAUACUAUAACGUGCACUAUAACAAGAAGACUAUCAAUGCUGAGAAGGCAACGACCAUAGAAAUUAAAAAUCUAGAACCUCAUACAGGUUACAACGUGACUGUCUCUGCCUGUACAAUAUCCUGCGGUGAACCCUCUGAUUUUAAAUUUGUUCGAACGGAUAUCGGGAUUCCUGGAAAGAUCGAUGUACCUGUAGUAAGGUUCAGUAAUUCAAGCCAAGUUCGUAUAUUGUGGAAUCCGCCUAAGGAUCCAGCGGGGUAUCUCGAUUAUUACGAGAUUCUCACUGCCGAUGGUCACAUUCACAGCAACAUCACUAGCACCGACCAGCACCUCGCUAUUCCUGACUGCACGAACGUCGGUCAUGAUAAUUUAUAUCGUUUUCAAGUGAGGGCUGUCAAUUUAGGGAGCGACAAAUCGCGCCUCCAAGGACCCUGGUCCGAACCAGGGGAAGGGCACUGCUACAACAAUGGACCCUCUACGAUGGCCUGGAUCGUAAUAUGGGUAAUCGGAGCUCUCGGCGGCGUAGUUUUCUUGCUAUUCAUUGGAUAUUUAUCGAAAAGGUUAUGGCUGAAGUGCAAGGCAAUGCAAGAUGUAGAGGUUAAAUUACCUCCAGGAUUAGCCUCUAAUGUGAAACUUUUGGAAAAGGGACAUGAGCAGCACACGCAGCAGCUAUCGGCUGAUUCUAGUGGGUGUUCGAGCGGUCAGGAGUCCGUAACCUCCUCCCUUACCUCCGAUUCCCACGUGCUGACGGACAGUGGUGCGGACCUUGAUCCCGUCCCAAUGUCGCCAACAAAGCUUCUCGAAACACCCCCAACUUGGGAAUCGUGUAACCUCCGUCAGCGAAACGUCGCAGGGACAACUAAGCCGGAUUCAUCGUGCGGCGAACGUGUGCGUAGGGAUCCUUAUGUAAUGGUCGCUAAAAAUGUUGACACCAUAUCUGGCGAGUCACUUUCACUGGCAAGAUCAACGCCAAAUUUGACGGCCGUCAGCGUAAAAUCUGAGAGCGCGGGAACAGGUCUGUAUACCGCCUCUCAACAGCAACACACGUGGUCAUCGGCGGGAUAUAUAAGUAUGCCGUCCUCCGAGGAAGAAUCCUUGUCAGAAGACCCGAGCUUGCUUCCAAUAGGAAAGGGAAACGGUGCUCAGGGUAUCUAUAGCGUUGUUGGCUUACCGCCCUCACUAAUGCCUCGUUCCAAGGCAGAAACGAGAGGCCCGGACACGAGUCAUCCACAUGCCGCAAAACUUAUUCCUCUUGGCACGGAGUCGAAACCCACCCCAGGGGCAGUCCCCAACCCGUACGUCAGCCUUGCCUUCUUGGAGCAGAAGUCGAGAAUCCCAAUUACGAAUACACACGUGCCAUCAUCCGUCGACGACUUUACUGACGACAACUUGGAGUUUUCCCGCUCGGUUCGUGAGCAACACACACCACCGCCGUUUUCGAUUUCGGAUAAACUAACGAAACCCUAUGUGCAAACGGGCAUUUUGGAUGCGACGAAGAAAAUGUCGCGCCCAAUCGCACAGAGAGACGCCCUGACGGCCAGUGCGACGGAGAUGAGCGGUGGACCGUCGAUUUCAUCUUCCAACUGCGUCGAACCUGAGCAUUCUACGUCGCAGUCCUUGAUGCAGAUAUCUUCGAACGUCUACCUGCCCAUAGAUGCAGCACGUGGGGGCGGCACACCGGCCUCGAAGAACUGGAACGAAACUUCCGCGUAUACGCAGAGCCCGUACGUUGCCGUGAGUAAGGUUUCCAUUGCGGAGACACCGGCGAGGUUGAUGGGGCUCAGAGUGAGAACGGGGCUAGAGAUAGACGACGGUCACAUGCAGUCUUCGAAUCCUUUCAUUCCGACUUCAGAAAUACCGGAGACAUCUCCGAACAUCCCGACAACGCGUAAAUCGGACUGUCAACCGGACGGAUUUGACCGGUCUCUCACUUCAGUCGCGGUGCCCUUGCCGGUCGUUACACAGACUUUGGGGUAUGUUUCGAUAGCGGAAAAUUCGCCUAGAACCGGCAACGGUACGUCACUGGAAAAUUCCACACUUCCGUACCAGCCACAUCAGCGCGUUAACAAAAAAUCCACAACUUCUUCGCCACAAAACGUUGGCCAAGGUGAAGAACAGUACAGCAAAGUAACGGCCGUACCGACCACCACAUAACUAUUGAAAUAAUCUAACAGGCCGUCGAGUGUGAAACUAUUCAUAUGCUAUACCUAGGCGCUUAGAGAAUUACGUUAAGUAGUAAGUACGUCAAACAACUCUAGGACUAAAAAACUGAGUAGCCACUAAUUCGCGUCGGCCCAUGUCUUCAUAUUUGUGUCAAAUUUGUCAUCUGUGUGAGAUUCCGAACGAUUGACUCAACUCUAUGCUAAGAUACAUGAAUCGGUGAUGGAAUUCAGACAAAUCUGACCAGAUAUUCGGCCUUCUGCUGUGACGAAUAGAAAGUAAUCGGACAGGGUAGUAGGGGGUACUAAUCUGAAGGAAAAUUCUGAAAUUCAUUUGAAAACUUAGCGCAACUGCCUAUUUAUUUUAUUGGCAUCUAGACCAACAAUUUUGAAGAUCUUUCAGGAUAGGUCAUGUAAUUUGGUGAACGGAACAUUUGAGCAGCUUAAUUGACGAUUGUUUCUCGCGUUGUUGAUCAGAAUUAUGAUGACGACGACGACGACGACGAUGAUGAUAUUUAUAGAUGUAAUACUAAUAAUAGUUGCAACAACAACAACAACAACAACAACAACAACAACAACAACAACAACAACAACAACAACAACAACAACAACAACAACAACAACAGCAGCAACAACAACAACAAUAACGACGAUGAUGAUAAUGUUGAUUAUGAUACAAUACGAUAAUAAUAUUCUAAUGAUAAUAUGAACGAUGAUCAGCUAUGCGGUGCAUAUUGAACGUGUUCAUAUAUGCUGCCACUUGCAAAGAUUGGGAAACUACUUCAUACUUGAUCACGUGUUGUUGUAGAAUAUUCAAAACUACGUUCUGUCCGUAUAAACUAUUGUUCUCAAAUGUAAAUAGACUUUAAUCCAAUGAUAACGUUAUCAUCAUCGUCACCACCAUCGUCAUCUUGAUCAUUGUAAUGGUUAUCAUGAUUCGUUGGGAGAAGAAUCCCACUCCCACUUGGAACUCGCAAUCUUUCCAAAUCUUACACAUUGCUCUGUCAAAUAUAAUUGGCAUGUCGGUUGUUUCUUAUAGGCAAGUAGGUCAUGAAUCUCGAACUCUGAUAACCAGGAAGUUUGACAAAAUUCAGGUAAUAAUACAAUCAUACGAUGUUCAAUGCUGACUGAUGCUGGAAUAUUGUGCUUCGUAAUUAUUGGGCAUAUCUAUUGGCAUAGUUGUAUUAGUACAUAUCUCAUACAUGUAGCCUUGUGUAAUUACUUAGAGUGGCUGAAUAUUAAUCAAUUUGUUUAUUUUUCAUUUUAUCAAUUAUUCCCGUUAUCAAUGGGCCAAUCAAUAUAAUAUUAGAAAUAACGUUCAACCUGAAAACUUAUUAUUAUAUCUAUACUUGCAAGAUUACGUAUACAAUAUCACAUAAACUUGGCGUACGUAUAUGUUAGCAUAAAUAUAGCUAUAAAUUUUAUUUUUAUAUUAAAAUAUACAUACACUACAGAAAAUAUAAGAUCCAACACACACGCAUAUCACUCACUCACUCACACGCACGCACGCACGCAUAGGUACGAUGAAUUUUGAUUUCUACAUUUCACAUUAAAAUUGUACUUUUAUUCAAUUUUUGAAUCCAGUGUGUGCAUAUUAAUAUCAGUAGUCAUGUAUAAUGUAACGAACUUUUGUAAAAUCUAGAUAGGUCGAAUAAAUGAGCGGUAAAUUCGA